AUGACCACAGCUAUGCACCCACCAGCUACGACCCUCCCGUCUCCCCUGCACGAUCUGCAGCCUGAAGUCAUCGUCAUCGGCGGUGGCGUCGCAGGCUGUGCCCUCGCGUACUCGCUCUCCCAUGCCGGCCGCAAGGUCCUUAUGAUCGAGCGUGACCUCAGCGAGCCCGACCGUAUCGUCGGCGAGCUCCUCCAGCCCGGCGGUGUUGCUGCGCUGCACGAGCUCGGCCUCUCCUCCACUCUUGACGGCAUCGACGCGACUCCCGUCGAGGGUUAUUGCGUGAUAUCGGGUACGCGCGAAGUUGAGAUCCCCUAUCCCGACCUCGAGUCUGUCAUCCCCGCCGAAGCCCUCAACGGCCACGCCAACGGACACGCCAACGGACACGCCAACGGACACGCCAACGGACACGCCAACGGACACGCGAAUGGUCACGCCAACGGGCACGCCAACGGGAACGGACAUGCCAACGGACACGCCAAGACCAACGGGCACACAGAUGCCGAGGGCAGACUCGUCGUGCCAUGGUCGAUCGAGACGGCGAGCGGGCGCAAGGAAGGCCGGUCGUUCCACCACGGGCGCUUCAUCCAGGCGCUGCGCGCCAAGGUGCUCAAGGACGCGCCGAACGCGUCCGUGCUUGAGGCGACGGCGCGCGACCUCGUCUACUGCCCACACACGUCGCACGUGAUCGGCGUGACUGUUGCGCCCAAGGGCGGCGACGGCGUCCGCAACAUCUACGCGCCGCUGACCAUCAUCGCGGACGGGUGUUUCUCCAAAUUCCGCAAUGCGCCGGGCACACGCACGCCUGCACCCGUUCUGCGCUCGCACUUCGUCGGCGUUGUCCUCAAGGACUGCGACCUGCCGCUGCAGAACCACGGCACGGUAUGCCUCACGCCCUCGGGCCCCGUGCUGCUGUACCAGAUCGGGCACGCCGCGCGGGAGACGCGCAUGCUCGUCGAUGUGAAGGGCAAGCUGCCGUCUGUCGGCGACGGGAGCCUCAAAGCCCACAUUCUGCGCGAGUACGUCCCCUUCCUCCCGCCCAGCAUCCAGGAGAGUGUGCGCAAAGCGCUCGACACGCAGCGCCUGCGCACCAUGCCCAACUCGUUCCUCCCGCCGUCGAUGCAAGGGCGGAGCAAGCAGAUGGCGGGCGCGAUCCUCGUCGGCGACGCGUGGAACAUGCGCCACCCCCUCACGGGCGGCGGCAUGACCGUCGCGUUCAACGACGCCGUCCUCCUCACGCAGUACCUCGCGCCAUGCGACGCGCUGCCCGCCGGCCGCGAGGGUCUCGAGCGCUGGGACGUCAUCUCGGACCGUCUCAAGGACUGGUUCUGGCGCCGCAAGAACCUCUCCGGCACAGUCAACGUCCUGUCCAUUGCGCUGUACGACCUCUUCGGCGGCGCCAACCAGGACCUCGCCGUCCUGCGCGAAGGCUGCUUCAAGUACUUUGAGCGCGGGGGCGAGUGUAUUUCCGGCCCCGUCGGCCUCCUCUCCGCCCUCACCCCGCGCCCAUUCGUCCUCUUCUACCACUUCUUCUGCGUCGCCUUCUACAGCAUGUACAUACUCGUGUCGCAGGGCAUGCCCAACGACGCCGGCAAACGGACACCACCGACAUGGCUUGAGACGCCCGGCCUCAUCUUGUACUGCUUCCAGGUCUUCUGGACUGCCUGCGUCGUCUUCGUUCCCGUCAUGGUGAGCGAACUCAAGAUCUAGUUCUAUUGAACUUUACAUCUCCCACCCUAUCCCCACCCUCACCACCCCACCCACAUCUCCACCCCUCCCCGUCAUCUAUCGGCUGCAUUGGUAUACCCCCGGCAUAAUUGUAGAGCAUGUACAUGUCAUUUCCCCUAUAAAUAAUCUCGUG